GAAUCCGGACGACAGGCAACUUGCUGCUACCUCCAACUAUAUUGAAGCAAUCAUCAUUUGGAUGGAGCCCGCAUGGCGACAGCAGGGAAGGGGCCGUGGACGGAAUGAGGAGAGUCAUGGGGAAAAGUCCCGACCUGGACAGAGGCUGCAAGACAAGCCAGGAGGGAGCUCAGGGGUGUGGGGCUCAGGCAGAGGCAGGGCAAGGACCUCUCCAGCACCACAGCAAGGUGCAUCUAGCCAGUCCAAGUUCGAAGAGAUAAAGAAGUCAAACCGAGCUGCUGCUCUGCGGUUGGUGGAAAGUCAGAUCAGCUCAUCCUCCUCUGAUGAAGACGAUGAUGUUGGAGAUAUGGAGAACAAGGAUGGAAAAAGAGGGAAGAUUUUGGCCUCAACUUUUACAGCCUACACCACCAAGACAGGUGGAGAGUCUACUGAUCUUGACCGAACGGGUCAUUAUGUCAGCGAACUGUUCCAGUCAGGAGCUGUCACCUGUCUGAUCUGUAUUGCUUCUGUUCGAAGGACUCAGCCGGUGUGGAGCUGCACCAGCUGUUUCUCGCUCUUCCACAUCCCUUGUAUUCAGAAAUGGGCAAAAGAUUCAGUGUUUCUCGUGUCUUCUAUCACUGAUGAUGACUUUGGUCAGAAGCAGCACCCGUGGCCAUGUCCAAAGUGCCGAGCAGAGUAUCCACACAGUGACACACCCAACAGGUACAUGUGCUAUUGUGGGAAGGUGCAGGAUCCUCCAGCCGAUCCCUGGUUGGUUCCCCAUUCUUGUGGCUCUGUGUGUCAAAAAGAUCUCAAACCUGCCUGUGGACACACCUGUCUACUGCUUUGUCACCCCGGUCCUUGCCCACCAUGUCCCAAUAUGGUGUCUGUGUCCUGCAUGUGUGGCAAGGCCAAGCCUCUUCCCCGUCGUUGUAGCAACAAGGCCUGGUCCUGUCAACAGCACUGUGGCAAGCUGCUGCCAUGCAAACAGCAUACAUGCACUCAACCGUGUCAUAAAGAGUGUUCUCCAUGCCCACGGUUCAGUCUUCAGAAGUGCGUGUGUGGCCGAGAGCAAGUAGAGAGGCCUUGUGCCAGUCGAGAGUGGCAUUGUGAACAGGUGUGUGGGUCUCUUCUGUCCUGUGGAAAUCACACCUGUGAGAUGAUCUGCCAUGAUGGCAAGUGUCCUCCGUGUCCUCGGUCAGUCAGCAGAGCAUGUCCCUGCGGCAAAAGCAGGUCAUCUCUUCCGUGCACAGAGGAGAUUCCACUGUGUGGAGACACCUGUGACCGCAGCCUGUCAUGCGGAAAACACACCUGCUCGAUGAGAUGUCACAGAGGGAGCUGCGAGACUUGCAGACAGGAGGUGGAACGAGAGUGUCGGUGUGGAAAAUAUAGGAAAUUAAUGCCUUGCCAUAAAGAGUAUGUGUGUGACUCCAAAUGUCCAAAGACCAGAAGCUGCCAGAAACAUCAAUGCAGGAGGAAGUGUUGCCCUGGUAACUGCCCCCCUUGUGACCAGAGCUGUGGACGAACUCUGGGGUGUCGCAACCAUAAAUGCCCAUCUGUCUGUCACCAAGGAAGUUGUUACCCCUGUCCAGAGAUGGAGGAAGUGCGCUGCACAUGCGGGUCCACUGUCUUGGUGGUUCCAUGUGGCCGUGAGCGGAGCACCAAGCCCCCUCGCUGUAAAGAGCUGUGCAGGAAUCCGCCAAGCUGCCACCAUCCAACUAGAGAGAAACACCGGUGCCAUCCAGGUCCCUGUCCCCCUUGCAAGCAAACCUGCUUCCAACCCUUGUCAGGCUGCAGCCACACAUGCCCACAGCCUUGCCAUGACUUGGUGCUGGUCAAGUCCCAGCAGGUUCAGCUUGCGGGUCCAUGGGAACAACCUUCUGAGCCGGCCUUCAUCCAGAAGGCCUUGCCCUGUCCACCGUGUCAAGUCCCCAUACCCACGUCCUGCUUCGGAAGGCAUGAGGUGAGCCCAGUGCCAUGUCAUCGUAGGGGACCCUUCUCAUGUAAAAGACCUUGUGGACAACCUUUGACCUGUGGCAACCACAGCUGCACCCGAGAGUGUCACCCACUGAAGGACAACAACAAGUGUGAGGUGUGUGAGGAGGGGUGUUCCAAGCCACGCCCACUUGGCUGCGCACACACCUGCCCCCGACCGUGUCACCCAGGUGAUUGCCCGCCCUGCAGCCAGAUGAUUCGCCAACGCUGUCAUUGCAAGAUCACCAUUUUGUAUAUGGAAUGUCUAAAGAUGGUGACAGCAGAUGAGGAGACAAAAGUGCAUUUGGGCUCAUGUAACAAUCAGUGUCCAAAAGAGUUGAGCUGCGGUCACCGAUGCAAGCAGACGUGUCAUCCUGGUGUGUGUGAGGAGAAAUGUCACCAGAAGGUCAAGAUCAGAUGUCCCUGCAAGAGAAUUAAGAAGGAGUUCUCCUGCUCGAUGGCACCUCAGUUAGGGCUUCAGUGUGAUGAUUCAUGCAAGGACCAGCAGCAGAAAGUGAUCCAGCUCAAGGAGGCUGAGCAGAAAGCUGCCACCGAGGAGGAGCAGAAGAAGCUACAGGAGGAACUCGAGGCGUUCGAGAAGCGGCAGCAGCGAGGAGGGCGUCGGAAUAAGAAGAGAGGGAGACGGGAAGAGGUGGAUGAUGAGAGCAGAAGGUGGGGACGGUGGUGGAGAUGUGCUGCUUUCAUUCUUGCUCCGCUCAGCGGAGCUGUGCUGUCUGCUGCUGCGUACUUCAUGUUUACGUCUGAAUCUGGUUAGACACUGUGAUGGGAGAGAUGAACGAACGACAUAAUACCUGAGCUUGUUAUUUUGUUUCUUCAAUCAGGUGUUCUAUUGUUUCCUUUAGAUUGGCACCUGUUUUUCCCUUCAGAUGUGUGUAUUUGGAGGAGAUAAUAGUCAGAAAUAUCAGAGUUUAUGAGUUUGUGUUUCGAUUGACAUCAUAGUUAAAAUCCCUAUCAUCAGUACGGUACUUUGAGUCUGUGCUGAUACUUGGAAUGUAUAGUGGAAAACUGAAUGUCAUCCACUUCACUGAAUAUCGAGCGUCAUUGUGUUUGAAAUGAUAAGGAAAUUUCAAAGUGGACUAAAAUGUUUUUUUUUCUCUUCCUCUACUUCAAAAUAAAUAAAUACAUUUCAAUGGGAAAAAAUGAUUCUUUAUUUA